CAGGCCUCUGGCUUGAAGACAUGGUGGCGUUGCGCACAUCGCCGAACAUUUUGGUGAUCGUCACCAUUAUUUCUGUCUGCUCUGUCUGCUCUGCUCUUUCUGCAUUUCGUGAAACGGCGACUUCAGCAAAACUCUUGAUCACCACACAAAAGAGAUCCAUGUUAGAACAGAACAAGUCCUUCAUUUUGGCCGCUGAGAGGACUCACAGAAGAGAUCCCCUGAAUGCAUUCAGAUUCUACACCGAUGGCUGGAACAUCAGCAAUCGCCACUACUUGGCCUCGGUCGGAUUCUCUGCUGCUCCCCUGUUUUCCAUCAGCGUCGUUUGGUUGCUUGUCUUCGGCCUGGCCUUGGCCCUCAUCUGCUGCUGCUACUACUGCUUCCCAAAACAGAGCCACUCUUUCUACUCCCGCACAACUCAUGCACUCUCCUUCAUUCUCCUCAUCCUCUUCACAGUUCUCACAGUAAUUGGGUGUGCCAUUUUGUUCGAUGGCCAGAGAAACUUCCACAGAAGCACAUCCAGAACUUUGGAUUUCAUCGAGGGGCAGUCCAACUCCACCGUCUUCAACCUCAGAAACUUCUCCAGCGACUUGAUGAAAGCCGAGAACGUUGGGGUUGGCCAAGCCUCUCUCUCAUCGGAUCAGAAAGCCAGAAUUGAUUCGGUUGUUCGGAGAGUCCAUCGAGCUGCAGAUCAAGUUUCUUCCAAGACAUCCGAAAAUACGAACAAGAUCAGAAACUAUCUAGACAAAGCAUGUUAUACUGAUCGUAACUGUGGCUGCUCUGCUUCUCUUGGCUGUUCUUGGAUUAACAUUUUCAAUACUUGGAAUGAGAUCUCUUGUGUAUAUGUAAGUAUUAUUAUAUUAGUGAUAGUUGGAUGGCUGCUUGUGGCAGCAACAUUUUUUUUGAGUGGCCUCUUUCUCCUCUUCCACAAUGCAAUCUCUGAUACGUGCUUGGCCAUGGACGAGUGGGCGGUGCAUCCGCAGGAGCAUUCCGCCAUGGACGACAUCCUCCCCUGCGUCGACGAGGCCACCGCCGGCGCCUCCCUCGACCAGAGCAAGCAAGUCACCUUCGAGCUUGUCGACGUGGUCAACCGCGUCAUAGUCAACGUCUCCAACGUCAACUACCCUCCCAACUUCCAGCCCCUCUACUACAACCAGUCCGGCCCGUUGGUUCCCCUCCUCUGCAACCCCUUCAACACUGACCUCACCAACCGGACCUGCCUCGCCGGAGAACUCAGCUUCGACGACGCGGCGCGCGUCUGGUCAAAGUACGUGUGCCGAGUCAGGACAGCCAACGGGUUCGACACGUGCUGGACCGUCGGCCGCCUGACGCCGGCGAUGUAUCGCCAGAUGACGUCAGCGACGGAGGUGGGCUCUGGGCUUUACAUGUACGGGGCGUUCCUUGUUGGUCUGGUGGACUGUAGCUUCGUGCGGGCGGCGUUUAGGUCGAUAAGCGUCCGGAAUUGCCCGGGUUUGGGCCGGUACAGCAAGCGGGUCUACGAAGGGUUAGUGGUGGCGUCUGCCGCCGUCAUGGCGGCUCUGGUGGACUGGGUGGUCCUGGCGCGGUCGAGAUGGCGGCGCACGUUUGAGAAGAAGGUUGCUGCUCGAUCGCAGCGAGAACAAUUGGAGUUACAGAGGAAGAACUUGUUACAAAGUCAAGAAGAAGAUUAAUAGUUUGUACUCGUGAUUAUGUUAAUGGUGUUGAUUUGUAAUUAUUAGCUUG